UCACACUCCCUACCUGACCUUUAAUCUCUGAGCCUGCCUCAGUUUCCUCAUGUGUACAAUGGGGGAUAAUAUUAGAUUUCAUGAGUUACUGUACACAAAGUGCCCACUACAAUGCCCAGCACAUAAUGAAGGCACAAGACAGUGCAGCUAUUCUUUUCCCUGUGUGUGGGGUGCCCCUCUUCAGACCUACCAUCUCUUAGGGUACAGCAGAGCUUCUAGGAGUCAUUGGAUGGGUGGGGAGACAGGUAGACGAGGGUAAUGAAGUUCUGGGAAGGUAAGGGAAUAAGGGAGGGGAUGAGUACCAAGGAAAGAACUUGCCAAGAACGUAUGACUGGGGCCUGGGGAGGCACCUCAGAGAUGGGCAAGUGGGUAGUUCAAGGCAGAAGAGAAGGGCAGAAGUUCCUCAGGAAAGAGGAACAGUCAGGAGGGUGGGGGAGGAGUAGAGAGGGCGGUGGGGACACCCAGGACUGAGGAAAUAAACAAGGGGAGCGCCAUCACAGGGGUGGAGGCCUCCAUUCCUCUUUUUCUAGAUUCUCUUUCUCCAACACCCUCUUUGCAGAACCCCUCUUGAACAUCAGUCCUUCCCCACUUUCUGACCUCUUCCCUUUGGAGGGCUGUGUGGCCCAGGGCUCAGAGGAGAUGUGGGAGGCUCGGUUCCCGGUCUGGCUGCUUCUGCAACUGCUGUGGGCAGCUGCAGUGGAAGCUCCAGACCCUGGGGCAGAGGUCCCGGUGGUGUGGGCCCAGGAGGGGGCUCCUGCCCAGCUCCCCUGCAGCCCCACAAUCCCCCUCCAGGACCUCAGCCUUCUGCGAACAAGACAAGUCACUUGGCAGCAUCUACCAGACAGUGAGCCCGCGGCGCUCUCCCCGCGGGGCCCGGGGCCCCGCCGCUACACGGUGCUUAGGCUGGCUCCCGGAGGCCUGCGCGUCGGGAGGCCGCCCCUGCAGCCCCGCGUGCAGCUGGAUGAGCGCGGCCUCCAGCGCGGGGACUUCUCGCUGUGGCUGCGCCCGGCCCGACGCGCCGACGCCGGCGAGUACCACGCCGCUGUGCGCCUCGGGGACCGCGCUCUCGCCUGCCGCCUCCGUCUGCGCGUGGGCCAGGCGGCGGUGACUGCCAGCCCCCUCGGGUCUCUGUGGACCUCCAGUUCCGUCAUUUUGAACUGUUCCUUCAGCCGCCCUGAUCUCCCGGCCUCUGUGCACUGGUUCCGGGACCCAGGCAGAGUCCCCGUUCAGGAGUCCCCCCAUCACCUCUUAGCCGGAAACUUCCUCUUCCUGCCCCAUGUCAGCCCCUUGGACUCCGGGACCUGGGGCUGCACCCUCACCUACAGAGAUGGCUUCAAUGUCUCCACCACGUACAGCCUCACUGUUCUGGGCCUGGAGCCCCCAGUCCCUCUGACAGUAUACGCUGGAGCUGGUUCCAGGGUGGAGCUGCCCUGCCACCUGCCUCUGGGUGUGGAGACCCAGUCUUCCCUCACUGCCACAUGGACCCCUCCUGGGGGAGGCCCUGACCUCCUGGUGGCUGGAGACCAUGGCAACUUUACCCUUCUACUAGAGGCUGUGGGCCGGGCCCAGGCUGGGACCUACACCUGCGGCGUCCACCUGCAGGGGCAGCAGCUCACUGCCACUGUCACUUUGGCAGUCAUCACAGUGACUCCCAAAUCCCACGGAUCACCUGGCAACCUGAGAAAACUGCUUUGUGAGGUGACUCCGGCAUCUGGACGAGAACACUUUGUGUGGAGCCCCCUGGACGAGCGGUCUCGCAGGACCUCCGCAGGCCCCUGGCUGCUGAUGCCGGAGGCCAGGCUCCUUUCUCAGCCCUGGCAGUGCCGUCUGUACCAGGGGCAGAGGCUUCUCGGGACCGCCGUAUAUCUCGCUGAGCUGUCCCGCCCAGGCGCCCAACGUUCCGGGGGAGCCCCGGGGGCCUGGGAAACAGGCCACCUUCCUCUCCUCAUCCUUGGGAUCCUCUUCCUCCUCGUGUUGGUGACUGGAGCCUUUAGCUUUCACCUUCGGAGAAGACGGUGGCGACCAAGCAGAUUCUCUGCCUUAGAGCAUGGGACUCACCCACCUCAGCCUCAGGGCAAGACAGAGGAUCCGGAGCCGCAGGCGCAGCUGAAGCAGCCCUGAGCUGGAGCCGGGCAGCCCCUGCAUCUCCGCACUUCAGUGCAAAUAAACUCCCCGUCA